AUGAUGGCGCUCUUCACUCAGCCGCAGGCGCAGACCGUGCAGAACAUCGCCAUGAACAGAUGUGUGCAGGCUUGGCGCCAAUGGCUGAAGGUCGACACGCUUACGUUCGGCGCCUCGCCAAUCGGAGGCAAGCAUCAGGCUGCGACGACGCAUGGCGCCCGCACCGCGAGCUGCGCAGGUACAUGCAGAACGGCUGGGAGAUCUUCUGGGAGCACGGCGUCGCCCCCGAAGCCUUACAGCAGCACGUCGUCGCUCCGCAUGCGGGGCGUCACGGCGGCCAGGACGGCCCUGGAGAGCAGGACCGACCCGCAUUUCUACGAGGCCGAGCUGCAGGUGGAGGCCCUCACGCAGCGGCUUCGGCAGCAUGCGGAGACGUGGUGCCGAGGCCUGCAGGACGAGAGUGCCAGCGUCGCUCAUGGGAUUGACAUCUGCACCGGCUACGUCACGGCUGCGCUCAACGGCGCGCAGUUCGACCGGCUCUUCGACCAGCGAGCGGACGUCGCGCAGGAGACACGGCGGCUCGCGCAGGAGAUCUGCGAGAUAGCCUGGGCUCGCUCACCGCCUGCGAGACUGGCGCGGCUGCGCAUGGUCAUGGGGCCCAACGGCAGGGAGCACGCCGACGAGCUCUUCCAGCAGCUCACCGAGUUCUGCGCCUCCCGCAUCUUCCUCAUCGGCCCCGCAAGAUACGCCAUCCCGGCGCACCUGCGGCCUAGCCGUGGACGCGUGACGCUCGCGAGUCGCGCCAUCGGGGAUUUGCAGCGCGACGGGUCCAGCUCACCCACGAGUGCCCCGAACACGCCUGGAGAAGGGUCCAGCGGGCAA